CAAUUUCUCUUCCCUUUUAUCUCCUUUUUGUUGAACGCAGAAAGGAGAAGAGAGAGCUUUGUUAUUUCUUCAUUCUUUUUUGCUGUAUUUCGAUUCAUUGUUCUUAGCCUUCUCACUUUUUCUUCUUCAAUUGAAGGAAAAUUUCAGAAAAAUUUUGUUUCUGAUAAAGGAAAGAGAGAGGAGGAGUAACAAUUUUUUAUUUUAAAAAAUCAUUUUUAAUUUCAAAUUCAAUUUCUGCUUAGGAUUUGGAUUCUGUGUAAAAAGAAGAUAUGAAUGUGAUGCGACGCCUCAAGAGCAUUGCUUCUGGUCGAUCUUCCGUUUCGGAUCCUGGUGGGGAUUUUAGCCUAAAGAGAGUAAAGGUUGAGCAGGAAGUAGAUCACAGGGUCGAUGGCGAAACUCAAUCAGAAGAGCAAUGUACUAUAGCUCCUAAACAGGAUGUGACUUCUACGUCUAGUGAAAGUACUACUACUACAUUGAAUGUUGAUACUAGACCAGAAAAAUCUGGAUAUGAGGAGCUUCCAAAGGAAAUGAAUGAAAUGAAAAUUAGAGACGACAAGACUAAUGGACGCGAGGAUGACAUAAAGGAUAUGGAGCCUGCUGUUGUUAGUGGUAAUGGAACAGAAACAGGUCAGAUAAUCGUGACUACUUUGAGUGGUCGAAAUGGACAGCAGAAAAAGACGCUGUCUUACAUGGCUGAACGUGUGGUGGGCACGGGUUCAUUUGGAGUUGUAUUUCAGGCUAAGUGCCUUGAAACAGGUGACUCUGUCGCAAUAAAGAAGGUUUUACAGGAUAGGAGAUACAAGAACAGGGAACUACAGAUUGUGCGCAUACUUGAUCAUCCUAAUGUUGUUCACUUGAGACACUGUUUCUAUUCUACUACUGAGAAGAAUGAGGUUUACCUUAACCUUGUUUUGGAGUAUGUGUCUGAAACUGUUUACCGAGUUUCAAGGCACUACAGCCGAGUGAACCAUCACAUGCCCAUCAUAUAUGUUCAACUAUACACUUACCAGCUAUGUCGGGCUCUGAAUUACAUGCACAACGUAACUGGCGUAUGUCACCGUGAUAUUAAACCUCAGAAUCUUUUGGUUAAUCCCCACACUCAUCAGUUAAAGAUAUGUGAUUUUGGAAGUGCAAAGAUGUUGGUGCCUGGGGAGCCCAAUAUAUCCUACAUUUGUUCUCGGUAUUAUAGGGCACCUGAAUUGAUCUUUGGGGCUACAGAAUACACAAAUGCAAUUGAUAUGUGGUCAGCUGGUUGCGUUUUCGCUGAGCUGCUUUUAGGACAGCCUCUUUUCCCUGGAGAAAGUGGCGUCGAUCAGCUGGUGGAGAUCAUCAAGAUUUUGGGGACACCAACUAGAGAGGAAAUUAGGUGCAUGAAUCCAAACUAUAAAGAGUUCAAGUUUCCUCAAAUGAAAGCUCAUCCAUGGCAUAAGAUAUUUAAUAGAAGAAUACCUCCUGAAGCAGUAGAUUUGGCAUCAAGGCUGCUCCAGUAUUCUCCAACUCUACGUUGUACUGCUUUGGAGGCAUGUGCACACCCUUUCUUUGAUGCUCUGAGGGAACCAAAUGCUUGCUUGCCAAAUGGGCGACCUUUGCCACCUCUAUUCAAUUUUACACCUCAAGAACUUUCUGGUGCACCUACUGAACUGAGACAACGCCUCAUUCCUGAGCACAUGAGAAAAUGAAUUUUUUAUGGAAGGAAGUUUCUUAGGCUUUCUGAAUGAGUUUUUGAGAGGUUACUUGUCGAUGUGAUCAGCAUUGUUCUACAACAUCAAGAUGCAGCUGAUGAAUUUUACGUGGAAGGAAGUUUCUUAGGCUUUCUGAAUGAGUUUUUAACAGGUUACUUGUCGAUGUGAUCAGCAUUGUUCUACAACAUCAAGAUGUAGCUGCCAGCAUUGGUAAUAUUUAAUAUUCCAAGUCAAGAUUGGAAGCUGGUUUUGAUUUUUCGAUGAAGGAAAUGCAGCAAGUCUCUCAGGCAAAUGAUCACAGCUGGGUUCAUAAAAUGAGAUUCUUUUAUUUAUAAAGUUGAUGAGUUAAUUUCGAAUGUUCUAGCAGUUUUAGAUGAGUUCUCAUCUAUUAUUUUUGUGUUGUAAAUAACUUCUAGUUUUCGGGCAUUCGGAAGAUCAAUAGGUGCGUGCUACCCAAACAAGAUUAGUAGUUGAAAUAGGUUUAUUCUUGUAUAUAUCAUUUUGAUCUCUUCUACUUUCCCUCUAGGAAAAUUCAUUAUAUUUCAGAACUAAUUAAAUA